GAAACAUAACAAUAAUCCUGGAAAUUCGAUGCGCAUACGUAUGUCGAGCAUAGAGAAUUUUCUAAUGCAAGAUCAGCACGAGAACGAUCCAUUGUACAUAUAAACCAUGUCAAUUCUAUAAUUUCAUCUAUUUUGGCACACCUCUUAUACUCAUACUUUGCGAGAGCUGGAGGAGGAGAGAAUGGCUGGGGACGCGACUGAACGACCGCAUAGAAAGAGUACAUUGCACGAAAAACGACGAGCAGAACGACGAUCAAGGGCUGUUGUCGCAGAAUCAGAGGUGCCUUCUGAACCAACCGGAUCGCAAACUUUAUCAAUUGAUUCUUUAGCAAGAUUAAAUGAUUCCAUUGAACGAGCGAAGAGGAGGGAGGAGAGGAAAUCAAGAUCACGACCACCGGUAAAGGAAGACCGUGGACAAUCGAGGGAACGAGGUUCGCCCAGUAAAGAUAGAAGACGAAAAGAGCGCGGAUACGCGACUGAGGAUUCGAGUUCGCCGAUUAAGAAUAGAAGGAGAGAACGCGAUUAUGAUGAGAUUCCUGGAUCACCAAUUAAAGAAAGAAGGAGACGAAACGAAUACACCGAUGAUGAAUCUGGUUCGCCAAGGAAGGACAGAAGGAGACAAGAAAGGGGGUAUACUGAUGAUGAAUCUGGAUACCGGAGUAAAGACAAGAAACUUAAAGACUAUUCCGAUUACGAGACGGCGGCAGAGACAGCUUUACGGAUUCAAAAGCAGAGGAGAAAGCAAAAUGGCAUCCCUGAACCAAAACCAAAGCCAAAGGCAAAGCCAAAUGCCCCACGCAAAGAGGAACGGAGUCUGAAAAUACCGAACACAUAUACAGACGACGAGACUGUCUAUGAGAAACCUCGGAAAGAACCAAAGGGAAAGAAACGGAGAGUUGUUAGUGGAGCACUUUUGGAAGAAGGUGAAGGGGAGUUGAAGCAACGCAGAAUGUUUAGCGGCGCAGGACUGAAAAAUGAUCUAAGGAAUCUGAAAGGGUUGAGAGGUGGAUAUGCGCCUACUGAAUCAAGUUAUCCUGAGAAGUACAUUGAAAGCGACGAAGAUUUUAGAAAAAGGCGGAAACGUAUAUGGACGGGAAUUGGCAUUGGCAUAGUAAUUUUGAUAAUUAUAAUAGCAAUUGCAGUGAGCACCAGCAAAAAGCACACCUCAAGUUCUUCCUCGUCUACAGCCCCUGCAACAGAAAGUGGGACUCCUUCAAACUCAAAUCUUGACGGGAUGUCGGAAAGUGACAUUCCGGUUGCAGCCCAAGGAACAUAUCUGGACCCAUUCACAUGGUACGAUACAUUGGAUUUCAAUGUCACAUACACCAAUGAGACUGUUGGAGAUCUUCCGGUUAUGGGUUUGAAUACUUCAUACAGCGAUGAUGUAGCACCGAAUUCUAAUGCACCCAAAAUAUCUGCAAAGUGGGGAGCUUAUACUUCAAGGCCGGCUAGAGGUGUCAAUUUAGGUGGCUGGCUUUCUAUCGAACCUUUCAUCACACCUUCCCUAUUCAAUUCCUAUUCAUCAGCAGAUGGAAUCAUUGAUGAGUGGACACUGACUACUAAGUUGGGUGCAUCUACAGCUGCAUCUACCCUUGAGAAACACUAUGCAACCUUCGUUUCUGAAAAAACAUUUGCCGAUAUUGCCGCUGCUGGACUGGACCACGUUCGCAUUCCUUACUCGUACUGGGCUGUCAUAACGUACGACGAUGACCCCUAUGUUUUCCGCACCUCAUGGCGUUAUCUUCUUCGUGGUAUUGAAUGGGCUCGGAAAUAUGGUCUUCGCAUCAAUCUGGAUCUUCAUGCACUCCCUGGAUCUCAAAAUGGUUGGAACCACUCCGGUCGUCAAGGAACUAUUGGUUGGUUGAAUGGAACUAAUGGCGACCUAAAUGCACAACGCAGUAUCGAAAUUCACGAUCGGCUCUCUAAGUUCUUCGCUCAAGACCGCUAUAAGAACAUUCUUAGUUUCUACGGCCUUGCCAAUGAACCCAGAAUGACAGCUCUUGACGUCAAUGAUGUCUUAAAUUGGACAUCUACAGUCACCGAUAUGGUCGUAAAGAAUGGUAUUUCCGCCUAUGUUGUAAUUGGAGAUGGAUUCCGGGGACUCGAAAAUUGGCAGGGCGAUUUGACAAGCUAUGAUAAUCUAAUCUUAGAUGUUCAUCAAUAUGUCAUUUUCAACAGCGGGCAAAUUCUUUACAACCAUACGGAGAAGGUGAAUUAUGCCUGUAGUGGCUGGACUCAACAAACCGAGAUAUCUAUGAACAAAAGUACAGGUUUUGGCCCCACGAUGGUUGCUGAAUGGUCUCAAGCGGAUACGGAUUGUGCAACUUAUCUCACAAACGUUAACCAAGGAAACAGAUGGGAGGGAACAUAUGACACCGGAGACUCAUCAACACAACAAACAACACCAGACUGUCCAACGCAGGAUAGCACAUGUAGUUGUACCAAUGCAAAUGCAGAUCCAAGUACUUAUAGUGAUACCUACAAGAACUUUUUGAAAAUGUUUGCAGAGGCGCAGAUGUAUAGUUUCGAGUUGGGCUGGGGCUGGUUCUAUUGGACUUGGGCUACGGAGACUAGUGAGGGUGGUGGCACACAGUGGAGCUACCAAAGAGGAUUAGCUGCCGGCAUCCUGCCAAAGCUAGCGUACGAUCCGGACUUUAAAUGUUCAUCAACAAUCCCGAGCUUCAGCUCAUUACCUGAAUACUAUUGAGUAAUACUGGUCUGUACCUCGACGGCGGCCAAGUUGGUGAGGGUGGUGGAGAGUAGAUGUGUAUAAAUAAUUGAAUGCGCAGCCCGAGCGACUGGUGUAAUUCUAUGACGGUAUGAAUAACUUUUGCAUAUAGAAGGAUUUGAACACAUCUUUGAAAAUUGGCGGCAUGAUUCCAGGAGUUUUGAGGGAAUUAAUUGGAUCUGUUUACAGCCAUGUAAAUAUGAGCUGGGGCUUUGUAAUUGAUUAGCUGAGGGUACGAAAUCCAGCUGGAUUGGCAAUUGACUUCUCUAAGCUUAAUUCA